GGGAGCAGCAUACACAAAUGUGCCAACACCUGUAGUGUGUGAAGACUCUGCAAAAUACACCAGAGCUACACACUUCAAAGUGUAAAGCCUGGCCAUGUUGGCGGAGAGCCAGGACCCCGAGGAAAGCAGCAGUAAUGUGGUCAGGUUUCCCAACAAUGAAUUUUAUACUGCGAUCAUGGAUGAAGACUUGGGCCGUUUAGAAGACAUGUCGAAAAAGUAUGGGAGCAACUUUCUUAUCAAGAUAUCCGCGGCACCCGGACCGGUUUUGUGGAAGGGCCUCGUUACACGUCCCCUUCAUCUGGCUGCCUCUUACAGAAGAGCAAAGAGCAUGCAGAUCCUCCUGGCAACAGGAGCAGAUCCAGAGAUGAGGGACCAGCUCGGGCAAACCGCUCUGCACUUGGCGCUGUCCGGUUGGCCGAGCGUUUGGACCACGCGGCCAAAGAACGGCUCCAAGUUCCAGACCGCUGUGGUCGGCGUGCGUAGGCGGGCGGAGGCCUGUCUGCGGCUCCUCUUUGAGCACGGCAUCGACCCCAAUGCAAAGGCUGAGGGGAGCCACCAGUCGCCUCUCCACCUAUCAGUGCGCUACAUGGCUCUGUCGGCUGUCCCGAUUCUGGCCAGCUUUGGUGCUGAUGUUAAUGCUGUGGAAAGCAGUGGUAUGACCCCCCUGCAUAUGGCUGCUGGCAUCCUCCAUAAGGACAUCAUGGCGAGCUUGAUCAAGGAGGGAGCAGACGUGAACAUGGCGGUGAAGCACUCUGGGAACAGCCCUCUGCACCUAGCUGCUGUAGCAAUAGCUAUGAAGACCACUAAAACCCUGGAGGACGACGUCGGCUGCAUCUGCGAGCUGCUCGAGCGGGGCGCAGAGGUCGACGCGGUCAACGAGGCCGGACUGACGCCUUUGCAGGAGGCGUGCCGCAUGGGCCACGGGGUGCUGGUGGACGUGCUGCUCAGGUACGGAGCCGACAUCAAGCGGCCGAGCAAAGCAGGGGAGAACUGUCUGUUCCUGUUCCUGAACCACAGGCCCAACGAAAGGAACAGGUCCCUGCUGGUGAAGCUCCUCAGUCUGACCUCCCCGCUCACGGUCUACAACAAGAGCGGACACCUGCCCUCUACCUUGAUGCAACCAUGCUUCUUUUAUCAGAGAGACCAGCUGCUAAAACUCACUCAGCAGCCGAGGAGGCUUCAGGAUAUCUGCAAGAGUGACAUUUAUCUAGAAUAUGUCCAAGGGAAGAGCCAGGAGUUGAGAGAACGUCUGCCUGAUAAGCUACAUGACUUUGUGUUCAACGACUGGGAAAAAAACAUUUCCUUUGUGAGAGAUGGAGCGAACCAAGACCACGUCGAUGACUUAUUUGACAUGAGUUGACAGCAGAGUGACAAUGCAAACUCCCGUGACCCCACCAGCUUGCAUUAAGCUUCAGAGGUAACCUCCUUACCUUCAGAUCCCUGUGCAUCAUUCCCCUGGAGUGAAUGUACUCCACUCCUUCCAGGAUCCCUCUGAGCAGACUGAGUGUGUGUUCGGGGUC